AUGUGUAAUGAAUCAGUUUCGUGGAACACGGGACGCCUAAACAUCUGUCAACUUCCAGAUGCAAUUGAUUGGGCCUAUCAAAAUGCGUCUGCCUCGGUUAUCAUUGAAUUGUCUCGCUCCGUACACACAUAUCUGCCUGGAGGUAUGCACGGAAUUCGACCUAUCGUGUUGAUGGUUUGGCCUCAGUUGUUGCCAUCGGUGAUCCGCGAUCCUUCCACGACAAUACUUAAACUACAAAAUGGCGCCGAUAAUUCCCAGUUUGAGUUGACCAACAACGGCGAUCGUGUUAAAUAUCAACCGCAUGUGGCUCUGUUAAUUGAACUGUUAUUCGGGAACAAGACUCUACCGUUUGACUUUUGGUCCAGAGAUCCCAAUUUAUCUGGCCCCGUUCUGUGUCAAAAUGGUUGGCCCGUACCACAAUGGAACGCAGAACGAUACAGGAGGCAUUCCAUGGAUUGGCAGCAAUUUCCAAACUGUUUAGAUGCACUUCUUCUUGGAUCCCUUCAUGCCAAUUCCCUAAGUGAAGCAAGCUAUACGUGGCAAGUACUCGUUCAAAUUUGGGCUACGCACACAAUGAGCAAGGUGGAUGAAAUCGAGAUUCCGACGAGCACCGAGACGAUUGUCUAUAUCCCUCCCAGUCUUCGGAGACUGGCUCGCUGGGCCGUGAGACGAGCCAUUGUUCAUGCUAAUUUUGGUGAGUUUUUGAUCGAUGAACUGGUCCGGCGAAAUCGGAUUCAUCAAUUCUACAUGGAUGAAGAUUCGGACUCGAAUCGCGAUCAGUCGGAUCGGGACUUCAAACCCUCACCCAUGAGCUACACGGCCGACCGUUAUCACCUUGUGCAAAUGGUUUAA